AAUACAGAGCGCGUGAAAGGAUCACAAUGCGGAUAAAAUAUUGCGGAUCAUAUAUAUAGACCAACUGUAAGUCAGUGAAAAAAAAAAUAAAUAACAAAAACAAACUGAGCUGUUUGUGUAUUCAAUUAUAAAAGUGCUUAAGUGGCGAAGUGUAAACAAAUACAUUCCAAACAAAUAAUCUCAAGGAAUACAACGCAAAUCACGUUCUUGUGGCGCCAUUUAUUUGCAUAAUUAAAGCCGUUCGGCUAGAUGGUGGGCGAGAUUAGAAGUCGCUAAGAUGAUGGCAGUGUAUUUUUCUGUGUUUUUCUAGCCUCUAAUUAGCAGUUGGAUAUUACGCAAAAAUUGGAAUUAUCAGCCUGCAAUGAUGCAGGAUAUCGGUAACAUGGGCCAGACCCAUUUGCAGCCCCGCGUGCUGUUCAAUGAAACUGUUUUAAAAGACCACAAACUGACCAGUACCGACAUCGAGAAAUUCGUGAAACUGUGGCAGGAGUUUCAGAUGAAGAACAUAACCCCGCCGGUGGAUGAAUGCCAGGGCUAUUGCCAGGGGGAAAUUUACAACUGGCUGCGAGCCUACAACAGCAUCCAUGGAUACGUUUCCCUGAUGAUUUGCAUAUUCGGGACAAUAGCGAACAUCUUGAACAUAAUGGUCCUUACACGAAAGGAAAUGGCCAAGACGCCCAUAAACAACAUCCUCAAGUGGUUGGCCGUUGCCGAUAUGUUUGUGAUGCUGGAAUAUAUACCCUACACUUCGUAUCAGUAUAUUUAUAUGGGUCCAGGUGAAAAAGAUUUGAGCUACACCUGGGCGGUUUGUCUGCUGGUCCACAUGCACUUUACUCAAAUCCUUCAUACGAUUUCCAUAGGAUUGACCGUCACACUGGCAGUGUGGCGAUAUGUGGCCAUCAGCCAAAUGUUACCGUCUCUAUUCCACAGACAUCCGAAUGGGGGCUGUGCCAACUUCCUGCUCGCACAUUCCCGGGAGGCGAUCCUCCUGCCCUUCAUCCUGUCCCCGAUCCUCUGCCUGCCCACGUACUUUGUGUUCAAGGUGCGCGAAACGUACGAUGUGGACCAGGUCAACUCGGAGGCCAUGUACCACGUCUAUUUCGACAAGGAUUCGGUGCUCUACAGGUUCAAUUUCUGGAUACAUUCCGUGCUUAUUAAACUUCUGCCGUGUGGCAUAUUGAUUGUGAUCAGUGCAGUGCUCAUGCAUGUUUUGUGUGAGGCCUCGAGACGUCGUCUAAAGUUAAGGGACUACAAUAAUCCCGCAAAGUAUGCCAUCCAGCUCAACCUGACCGAACCCAAGUCUAAGAAGCCUCCUCGCUGUGAUCGUCGCAAUGAUCGGACUACUCUUCUACUGGUGGCUGUACUGGUUCUGUUUCUGAUCACCGAAUUCCCGCAGGGAUUACUGGGUCUUCUGUCCGGGGUGAUGGAGAAGUGCUUCUUCGCCCACUGCUAUCCGCCCUUUGGCGAACUGAUGGACCUCUUGGCCCUGAUCAAUGCCGCCGUGGGAUUCGUGCUCUACGGAUUGAUGUCGAAGCAGUUCCGAUCCACCUUUAGAUCGCUCUUUAUGAAGCGCCACUUUGGCAGCACCGAGAUGACCCGGUUAACACGAGUUACCACAACAUGCGUUUAAAUUCGGGGUGGACAGAGUAUCUCCUAGAUGUGAUCAAAACGAAGGCGAUUAUUUACGAGGAUUUGGUGAAGGACAUCCAAGAUGUUCCAGGCUGGCUCCAUUUGAAUUUCUAAAUUAUAAACUUUACAAAAGUUUCGUUAACUUGAAUAACGAAAAAAGUAUACUGUGAGUGCGGGAUAAAUUUGUACACUGGUUAAUGCACCGAUUAAUUGAUUUCUGCUUUACCUUCGUUGUCCAAGUAAAUUUUUCUGAAAAUUAAAUGGUGCAUUGAUCGGUUCGAAAAUUGAUUCUGCUUGUGAUUUGGCUGUUUAGAAAGUGCCACUUCAUUUCCAACUUAAUUACGUUAGCCAGUUGGUGUUUCAAAUUCAUAUUAUAGUACAUAAGAUUUUGAUAGGCUAAGGCAGUACAAACUGUACAAAUACGAGACAUUUACUUUUCACUAAGGCCAAACAAACGGAAUCCAUGAAUGUAACUAUAGCUAUGCUAAGAGGACAGAAAAACUCCAUGAGCCCCGAGUUGCUUUUUCUUCUUGGCUGUCAAUAUCAGAAUUUAUUUUGGUUAUACUUCGAUUACUGGAUUCCAGUUGAAAGUCAAUGCAUUUUACAUUGGCUUUUGUUUUGCAAACCUAAUCGUGUGUAUUAAUUAAGCUGCUUGACCUAUUUAUAAAUAAUUGUGAACACUUUCAAAUAAAUGUUUGAUGUGAGUUACAUGACAAAGAAA